AUGCCAAUGGCAACUCAAGAAUCAAUUUUGUUUCUCAUCAUUAUAAUCGUGAAUUUAUUCACCCUUUCAGUCUCUCAAAAUUUAAUGUUCCCCAGCUGCGAUAACCUAAAUUUCACUACAAACAGUACAUACCAAAGAAAUCUGGACGAAGCUUUGUCGUCCCUCACCUCUGAUACAAGCAUCACGUAUGGUUUCUACAAUCGAUCAGUUGGUCAAACCCCCAAUCAAGUCAACGCGAUUGCAAUGUGUAGAGGUGACGUUCAGCCAGAAGAUUGUCGAACUUGCAUAAACGACGCCAUUACAGGAUUAAGAGAAACUUGCCGAAAUCAAAAGGGUGGAAUUGGGUGGUCUGAUAAUUGUAUGUUAAGGUAUUCUAAUUCAACCAUUUUGGGAAUUUUAAACACCAACGGAGGUGGUUACAUGUGGAACAUUAACAACGCUUCGAAUGUGGACGAGUUUAAUCAAGCUCUCCGCCAGUUGUUGGAUCAACUAAGAACUGAAGCUUCAAAUGGUGGCUCUCUUCGUAAAUAUGCUUCCAACAACAUUACUGGCCCUAGAUUUUCAACGAUCUAUGGGCUUAUGCAGUGUACACCGGAUUUAUCUGAAGAUCAGUGUUAUGAUUGUUUGGAUACUGCAAUUCGACAAAUUCCUAAUUGUUGUGAUGGCAAACGUGGAGGAAGAGUUCUAAAUCCUAGUUGCAAUAUUAGGUAUGAAGAUUCUAGAUUCCUUAAUGAUACGGUGGUUCUCGCACCACCACCUUCGCCAUCAUCAACACCGCCAGCUUCUCCGCCACCACCACCACCAACUUCAGGUAAGAGUAGUAGUAACACGAUUAUUAUAGUCAUUGUUGUUGUUGCUGCAACCGUUGGUGUUGUGAUAUCAUUGGUGGUUUUCGUUUGCAUCUUCAAGAAAAGAAAACGGAAGCUGCAAGCACGCCCUCCACAAAAUUCAGUUUAUGAGGAAGGAGAUAUGGAUGAAAUUAGUACGGCCGAAUCAUUGCAAUAUAGCUUUGGUAUCAUUAGAGCAGCAACAAAUGACUUCUCGGAGAACAAUAAGCUUGGACAAGGUGGAUUUGGUUCGGUUUAUAAGGGUAAGUUACAAAACGGACAAGAAAUAGCAGUGAAGAGGUUAUCAAAGGACUCUGGGCAAGGCGAACAAGAAUUCAAGAAUGAAGUUUUGUUGCUUGCAAGGCUACAACAUCGAAAUCUUGUUCGGCUUCUAGGAUUUAGCCUAGAAGGGUCCGAACGACUUUUGAUGUAUGAGUUUGUGCAGAAUGCAAGCCUAGACCAAUUUAUAUUUGAUCCAACAAACCGAGCGACUCUUAACUGGGAACGACGAUUCAAAAUAAUAACGGGUAUUGCGAAGGGACUUCUGUAUUUACAUGAAGACUCACGACUAAAGAUAAUUCACAGAGAUAUGAAAGCUAGUAACGUUUUGUUGGAUGCACAAAUGAUCCCCAAAAUUGCAGAUUUUGGUAUGGCAAGGUUGUUCACACAAGAAGAAACGCAAGGCAACACUAGUCGAAUUGUUGGAACCUAUGGAUACAUGGCACCAGAGUAUGCAAUGCAUGGACAAUUUUCAGUUAAGUCGGAUGUAUUCAGUUUUGGUGUGUUGUUACUUGAAAUUGUAACGGGUCACAAGAACCAUAACUUCCAAAAUGGAAUGGUGUCAGUGGAUCUUCUUAGUCAUGCAUGGAAAAGUUGGAGAGAUGGAACAGCUUCAAGUUUGAUUGAUCCGACAUUAAGAGAUGGUUCUGAUUCUAUACGUGACAUGAUUAGAUGCAUCCACAUUGGUUUAUUAUGUGUCCAAGAAGACAUUGCUGAGAGACCAACAAUGGCUUCUGUGGUUCUCAUGCUUAGUAGCUUCUCUUUAACACUUGCAGUUCCUUCAGAGCCGGCAUUUUUCAUGCAUACAAGUACGAAUCCAGAAAAACCUCUAUUCGAAGGGCAUACUUCAAAUAGUACAACUGAUUCUAGACAUUUGGAAAGCAAAUCCAGGUCUUCACAACGAUCUAUAGCAACUGAUAUUUCUAUGGACGACUUAUAUUCCCGAUAG